AUGUUCAAUGAAAUCACAGAUGGGAAAUUACGUGUCAAACAUAGUAUUAGAGAUCUUUCUUUGAUCCUUGGUGACCCUAAUCCAGUUGGCUCUACUUCUCUUCUCCCCACUCUCAAGCGGUGUUCCUCCACCGUCCCUCUCUCUCCUCCCUCUCUCAUUUUCUUGGACAUGGCUAAUAAAAAACCAUACGGUAUUACAAACAUCAAGGCAUAUGUUCCUAUGAUCCUUGAUUUAAACGAACUCAACUAUGAUGCUUGGUGCAAACUUUUUACCACUCACUGUAAGGCUUUUGGCGUUCAUGGCAUCCUUACCAGCACCACAAAACCCACUAGCCCCACCGAUGUUGAAUGGGAAAAUCUCAACAACAUUGUCCAGAUGUGGCUCUAUAGCACCAUGACGCAACCCUUACUCAACAUGAUCUUAAAACCGGACUCCACAACAAAGUCAGUUUGUUUAAGCGUUGAAGCACUCUUUCGGGACAAUAAAGAUGCUAGGGUAAUCGAGCUUGAUAAUGAAAUCCGCUCCUUAGUCAUUGGCGACCGCACCAUUGCAGAUUAUUGUCAGAAAUUGAAGUCCUUAUCUGAUCUUCUAGCCAACAUCGACUCCCCGAUUCCUGAGAAAACUCUUGUCACCUACAUGCUUAACGGUCUAUCACCAAAUUUGAAAACAUUGCUAUGCUAA